AUGCCCUCGGCCACCACCACCGCCGCGGCCACGCUCGGCGCCGCCGCGACGCCGCCGAUGCAGAAGCGCUUCAGCACCCUCGGCGCCGCACGCAGCUCCGGCUCCGUCGCCGGCGCCGGCGCCAGCCCGUCGAAGCGCGCCUCGGUGCUCGGCCUCUUUGAUGCCGCCCUCACUGGCGGCAGCGCGAGCGGCAGCAGCAGCGCCGCGCCCGCCAACGGCGCACCCACGGCGCCGCCGACGGUGGGGCGCGAGGAUGGGCCGUGGUCGGUGAGCGUGGCCGAGGCGCGCGACAAGGCCGCCGCCUCGCCCACGCCGCCCGUGGCCGGCGGCCGCCCAAGCUCGCGGCGGCGCAGCUCAAAGGGCAGCAACGGCGUGGCGCCGGCGCCGCUGCCGGCCUACACCCUCUACGUCACGACGCCCACGCACAACCUCACCCUCGUGCGCACCGUCGUCGAGCUGGCCGAGCUGGACGUCAAGCUGCGCGACGGCCUCGCGCCCGGCACGCUGCGUGGCUUGCCCGGCCUGCCGACGCUGCCGCUGCCGCCGGCGCAGGCCGCCGCGCCCGCACAGGCGAGCCGCCGGCUGCUGCAGACCAUCUCGCGCACGCUCAGCCCCGGCGGCCACCGCAAGGAGCGCUCGUCGCAGCAGCAGCAGCAGCAGGCGGCCGUCAAGCCGUCGGCCAGCUCGGCGUCCGUCGGACCCGUCGCUACGCCCUCAUCCGAGUCGAGUGGCAGCCUCAUCGCACCCAGCGCGACGCGCCAGCCGCUGGCGCCGCUGACGGCCAGUCUGUCGGGCUCGCCGGCGUCCGAGUACCCGCCUCCCACCACAGAACCGCAGCAGGCGACGACGAAGCUGCUGGCUAACUACCUCACGACGCUGUCCAACCACUCGGCCGUGCGGCAGCACAAGGCUUGGCGGCGCUUCGUGCGUGUGGGCAGCGACGACCUGCAGUCAGUGCGCGUCGAGCGGCGCGUGCGCAAGGUGCGCUCCGACGUGGCGGAGCAUGUGCGUGCCAGCGUGGCGCCGACGAACACCAACGUGGCGCGCCCGCCGUCGCCGUCAGAUGUGGGCGAGGAUGGCGACGGCGACGGCGAUGGCGAGGCGCGCACCGACGAUGAGAGCCGCAGCGCCUCGGGCCGCAGCACGUCGCACAGCUACUCCAACGCCGGCGGCAGCAUCCGGCCCGACGUGCCGUCGCGCUCCACGUCCGUCGACCCGGAGCGCCAGGCGCAGCUCGAGGCCAAGCGCGAGGAGCGCGAGCUGAGCCGCAAGAAUACCAGCUUUGCCAACAUCCCGGAGGAGCACGGCGACAAGAGCGACGCUGCCGCUGCUGCCGCUGCCGCUGCUGAUAAGGAGGCAAAGGACGAGGCGAGCAAGAAGCGUCGCCAGCGGAGACGCGAGCGCCGCAAGGAGGAGGACAAGGUGACAGUCGACGACUUUGAGAUGAUCCGCGUGCUCGGCAAGGGCUGUGCGGGCAAGGUGCUGCUCGUGCGCCAUGCGCCCACCAAGGGCCUCUUUGCCAUGAAGUCGAUCCACAAGCGGCACGUGCUGGCGCACCAGGAGCUGCAGCACACGCUCACCGAGCAGGCGGUGCUCAAGCGCAUGGCAAACGACGUCAUGGACCCGUUCGUGGUGAAGCUGUGGUGGAGCUUCCACGACAAGAACAAUCUCUACCUCGUCAUGGACUUCCACCCCGGCGGCGACCUGGCCACGCAGCUCUCACGCUGGGGCCGGCUGGGCCGCGACCGCGCGCGCUUCUACGCCGCCGAGAUUGUCGAGGGCGUCGAGGGCCUGCACCGUGCCGGCGUCAUCUACCGCGACCUGAAGCCAGAGAAUGUGCUGAUCGGCGCCGACGGGCACAUUAUCCUGAGCGACUUUGGCCUGUCCAAGGAGUUCCCGGUGCGCGGCAGCCUCACGCGCGGCGGCAGCUCCACGCCGCCGCCCGGCUCGCCGACGCGCUCGCACUCGACGACGCAUGUCGCCGGAGCCGGCGGCGGCAAGGGCAGCGGCGCCAGCGGCCACUCGCCGCACUGGCUCUCGGCCUCCGACGACGGCUCGGCACAGGGCUCUGCCGACGCCUUUGCCACGCGCUCGGGGCGCAGCCGCUGGGCCGACGAGCGCGACGUGACGACGACAUUCUGCGGCACGGCCGAGUACCUGGCGCCCGAGGUGAUCCAGGGCGCGGCCUACUCGUACGAGGUCGACUGGUGGAGCUUCGGCACGAUGCUCUUUGAGAUGCUCACCGGCAUCACGCCCUUCUGGGCCGACACGCACGCCGACAUGUACGUGCGUGUGCUGCACGACGAGCUCGUCUUUCCCGACGACCGCGUGCUGGACCAGGACACGAAGAGCAUCCUGCGCGGCCUGCUGCAGCGCAACCCCAUGCUGCGCAUGAAGGAGCCGCGCAUCAAGCGCCACCCGUACUUCUCCAUGAUCGAGUGGCCGCACGUCUUCCACAAGCGCUACAUUCCGCCCUACAUUCCGCCGAUUGACCCGCACGACGAGACGGACACGCAGAACUUCGACGAGACGUUCCUCGACAUGCAGCCCGUCGUCAAUGGCGCAGAGGACGGCGAGCCGCUUGAGGAGACCGAGGCGCAGAGGCGCGCCGCCGGCAGUGCCGCGGGCAACGGUGCCGCCAGCAGCAACGGCCGCACCGCUGCCAGCGCCUCGACGCUCGACGGCACCGAUGCGCAGGCCGGCGCCGCGGCGGCGCCCACGCACGGCAAGACCGACUCGGGCGACGGCAAGAGUCUCUUUGACGGCUACUCGUUCCGCGGGCGCCGCGACUCCGAGGCGCGCUCGUCGAUCAUCUCCAGCGACCCGAGCGAGGCACACGACGGCUCCAACGCGCCGCCCACUGCGCCCUCCACCGCGCCGUCGGUGGUGGAGAGCACGGCGGCAUCGCGUGCGCCCAAGGCCGCCGUCGAGCCGUCGCCGGCGCCGGCGCUCGCAGAGGCCAGCGACGACGACGACGAGGACGACGACUCUGCUGCGCGCGCCGCUGUGGCUGCCCUGGCGCAUCUCGAGUCCGAGGCCAGUGCCGACGGCUCGACGUCCAACGCGUCCGUCUCGACGCAGCCGACGUCGACGGGCGUGAGCCGUGAGCGGCUGGGGCCCAGCGGCCGUGCCACGCCGGACGGCUCCGUCGACGGCCUGCCGUCCGCGGGUGCGGCGGGCAAGUCGCGCGCGGCGCUCUCGGCCGGCGGUCUGCCUGCGCACGACACCAUCGACGAGACGGACGACGAGGAUGAGGACUGGGACAUGGUGGACCUUGGCAGCGCUGCCGAAGGGCCGCUCAAGUCCGAGAUCAACGGCGGCAAGGGCGCCAAUCUCUUUGCGCGCGGCGUCGUCGACACGUACCGCAUGCUGCGGCGCCAGGAGUCGUCGGCGCGCUCGCCCCUGCCCGCGUCGACGUCGUCGUCGUCGCGCCCCUUCAACCGCCUCUCGCGCCGGCAGCCGAGCUCGCGGCGCAGCAUGGCGCGCCCGUCGAGCGGCAAUCUGACGUCGGGCAGUGCCGUCUCGCUCGACUCUUCCUCUGCUGCCGUGCUGCCGCCGUCGCGCAGUGGUGCUGCUGCUGCAGCCGCCCUCUCCGGCGACGACGAGGGCGAGCGUGACGCCUCGCUGCUCGCCGGCGCCGACGUGUCGUCGCCCAGCAGCCGCACGCCGCGCGACUCGGCGCAGGCGCCGGCGUCGGCGCCGUCGCUCGAGCGCCGCAGCGCCACGGCGCGCCCGUCGCCCAGCGUCGCCUCGUCCGACGACGUGCACUCGCAGGAGCGCUCCAGCCGCCAGCGCCUCAAGAAGAUCAAGCGCUUCACGACGUGA